AGCUUAAUUUUAGCCAACUAUUCUCUACCCUUGUAUUAUUCCAUAGCAUAAAGGCAUACAUCUAACUAUUAUGUUAUUUCACAUAUCCAACACUUCACCACCACAACUAUAUUCUUCUAACCCAAAAAUUUCAGACCUUAAAAUCUUUCCUUAGCCUUCUCUUCUUUAUCCAUGCACAUUUCUAAUUAAUUCCCUAAAAACAAAUUUUAUUUUACACUACCUAAACCCUUUAAACAUUAUAAUGAAGGGACUAAACAUAAACAUAUCAUCUUGCACUUCACAAAAUUCAACAGCUAUAAUCUCUUCAAAUAUGGAACCAUUCGCUUCCUCUUCUUCUUCUUCUUCCUCCUCCUCGUCGUUCACCCCUGGAACACGAGCCCUCGAUCGACACAACCCGAUCAUCAUAGACGAAAAAAGAAGUGGUUUUAGCAAUAGUUGUAGUAACACACCUAUUAGAACCCCUUGCACUAAUCAUGUGUUACAAUCAAAACCAACUACACCAACAACUAAAUCAAUUAGUCCAAAACCUCACCCAAUUAGUACCCCUCCAAAAAAGGGUAAAAAACUCCCUACAUUGACCAAAAAAAGUAGUAAAAAAAAUAUUACAUACACAAAAUCACCAGUUUAUUGUAGUAGUAAUAAUGAUAUUAUUAUUGAUGGUGAUGAUCUUAAUAAGAUUGGAAGAAGGAGCUUUUCGAAAUCGUCUGAUUUGAUCAUGAAGGCAUCAGUAUGCACUAAUACUAGACCUGGUGUAGAUUAUAUUAGUCCACCUGAAUCUUCAAGGUAUCUUUUGGAUGACACUUCUUUUAUAGAAGUGUUAUCUGAUUUUGAUCCUGUUUUGAAGUUGGUUCCUUCUAAUAAUCAUAGUAAUAAUGAUGAUGAUGUUGAAGUUGUUAAAUCAGAGGGUUCUAAACCUCCCAAACCAUCUUGCACAAAUGGAUCUUCUGACCAGGUGGUGGUUCUGAGGGUAUCACUACACUGCAGAGGCUGUGAGAAGAAAAUGAAAAAGCAUCUCUCAAGAAUGGCAGGUGUGACAUCUUUCAACAUAGAUUUUGCAGCAAAGAAGGUAACAGUAGUUGGAGAUGUGACACCGUUGGGAGUCCUAGCGAGCAUUUCUAAGGUCAAGACUGCCAAAUUAUGGGCACCAGCAAUGUCUUCAUCUUCCCAGCUGAACUCAAGAAACAUGCAAGUUAAAAGAUAGAUCAAAUUUAUUGUGAAAAAUGCUUUAAUUUGUGUAGUAGUACCAUUUUGUAAGUGCAGUGAUUUUCGUAGCGUGUUAAUUUUAGUGUGCUUGUUACCUUUUCAGAAAAAACUAAACAAGCUGCAAGACAAAGUUAGUUUGCUUUAACCCAAUUUUUUUUAGUAUGUUUUAAUUAGAAGUAAUUAAGAUGUGAUGAUUGAUUUGA